AUGAAGCUCAGAGAUAAUAAAGUAUCAAAUAAGAUACCCAAGCAUAAAGGGCAAAUAAAGAAGCCAUCAAAGUCAAAAACCAAAUCGAAAUCAAAGGCUACAAAAGCUCAAAUUGCUAAAAUAAAUGAAAAAGUUCAAGAUUUUGAUGAGAUAACGCAGCUUUUAGGCAAAGGUGCCUUUCGAAAGGAAGAUAGGAAAACCUUGGAUGCCAGUUCAUUAAGAAUGGAGUUGAAGAAGGACAAGGAUAACCAAAAAAGAAAUGCAAAAGUUGAAAAUCAAAUUUCGGAACAGUUGGAGCUUUUGACUGGAAUAGAAUUAUAA